AUGGUAUCAGGAGAGCCCUCCUCCCACGAGAAUUCGAUCCCACACUCUGAAAACACCCAUAAUCCGAUUUCAACCUCACCUUCUCCAACAGAUAUCCCCCUCAUUGCCCUCAAUAUUGCUGCCCAAAUCAACGAGAAACUCACACCCUCAACCUUCCCUCAGUGGCGUGCCCAGUUUGAAGCCCUCCUUAUUGGCUAUAAUCUACUUGAUUACAUCAAUGGCAAUAAUCCAUGCCCCUCCCCAAAUGAUUCCUCCAUACCCAUUCUUCAGAAAACCCAUUGGAUAAGACAAGAUAAGCUUAUCCUCAAUGCCAUCUUGGCAUCCACCAACACCACCAUCACUCCAUUCAUUUUCGCUACUAAAACAUCACACGAAGCAUGGCACAAGUUGCAUACUCUGUAUGCAAGCAAGUCCUGUACUCGUGCAAUGCAACUCAAGGAGGAGCUUACAAUGAUUAAGAAAGGCAAUCAAUCGGUUCAAGAAGACCUGCACACUGUCAAGGCUCUUGCAGACGAAAUCUCUCUCAUUGAUCAACCUAUUUCCAAUGAUGAUCUAACUCUUUACAUCUUAAAUGGACUUGGCGCUGAUUUUCACGAAAUCGCAGCACCGAUUCGCGCACGGGAACGACCAUUAAUGUUCGAAGAGCUUCACGACCUCCUCGUCAGACAUGAUGCAUAUCUGCAUCGUCUUGAUGCAAGCACCCAACAGCUAGUUGCUUCGGCUAACUAUACCCAUCGUCGAUGUGGUUCUUCACAAGGAAGUCAAAACUUCAAGGGUUUCUCUAAGCAAAAUGGGUCUGGCCGAAAUGGGGCUUCCUCAAAAAAUGAUUCCAAAUCUGCCCCUUACUGA